GGGCCCGGCGCCGGGGGUAUGCGCGGGUCUGGGCGAGCAGCCCCGGCGCACAGCCGCGGCCCCGGGCGCGCGGCGCGGGGCGGAAAAGCCUGUUUACACAGACUGCACACCGCCUGGGGAAUAAUGCAGUAAAGGAAGUGAGCAGGCUCGGCCUGACUGCUCCAACUUCCUGCUCUCACACACAGCAGAGGAAAAAAAAAAAAAAAAAAAAAAAAGAGGAGCGAGAGAAAGAAAAAAAGGGGGAAAAAUCAGGAUCUCAUUACAAGAGCAACAGACCGUCUGCAGACGCCUGUCAGCAUGGAAAGUCGGGGGCUUUCGCCCGGGUCCUCCUAGAAAUCUCCCCAAGAAGACUCCCAAACGCUCCCCCACAUCUGGGUAAUGGAGAGUGCAAUCACGUUGUGGCAGUUCCUGUUGCACCUGCUGCUGGACCAGAAACAUGAACACCUCAUCUGCUGGACGUCUAACGACGGCGAGUUCAAGCUCCUCAAGGCGGAAGAAGUGGCCAAGCUGUGGGGUCUCCGCAAGAACAAGACAAACAUGAACUACGACAAGCUGAGCAGAGCCCUGAGAUACUAUUACGACAAGAACAUCAUCAAGAAAGUGAUUGGGCAGAAGUUUGUGUACAAGUUCGUCUCUUUCCCGGAUAUCCUAAAAAUGGAUCCUCACGCGGUGGAGAUCAGCCGGGAGAGCCUCCUGCUGCAGGACAGCGACUGUAAGGUGUCCCCCGAAGGCCGAGAGGUCCACAAGCAUGGCUUGUCCGCCCUCAAAAGCACAAGCCGAAACGAAUACAUCCACUCCGGCCUGUACUCCUCCUUCACCAUCAAUUCCCUGCAGAACCCUCCCGAGGCCUUCAAGGCCAUCAAGACGGAGAAGCUGGAGGAGGAGCCGGGUGACGACAGCCCCCCUGUGGAAGAAGUCAGGACUGUGAUCAGGUUUGUGACCAAUAAAACCGACAAGCACAUCACCAGACCUGUGGUGUCCCUGCCUUCCACAUCCGAGGCCGCGGCAGCGUCCGCUUUCCUGGCUUCGUCUGUCUCGGCCAAGAUCUCCUCUUUAAUGUUGCCAAAUGCUGCCAGCGUCUCGUCUGCGUCACCCUCCUCAUCGCGGUCCCCAUCCCUGUCCCCCAACUCUCCCCUCCCUUCCGAACACAGAAGCCUCUUCCUCGAGGCAGCCUGCCAUGACUCGGAUUCUCUGGAACCCCUGAAUCUGUCAUCGGGCUCCAAAACCAAGUCUCCGUCUCUUCCCCCAAAAGGCAAAAAACCCAAAGGCUUGGAAAUCUCUGCACCUCAGUUGUUGCUCUCCGGCACCGACAUCGGCUCCAUCGCCCUCAACAGCCCAGCCCUCCCCUCAGGAUCCCUCACUCCAGCCUUUUUCACGGCACAGACACCAAAUGGACUGCUGCUGACCCCAAGUCCGCUGCUCUCCAGCAUACAUUUCUGGAGCAGCCUUAGUCCUGUAGCUCCAUUGAGUCCUGCCAGGCUGCAAGGGCCAAACACACUCUUCCAGUUCCCCACACUGCUCAAUGGUCACAUGCCGGUGCCACUGCCCAGUCUGGACAGAGCCCCGUCUCCAGUCCUCCUCUCCUCCAGCUCUCAGAAAUCAUGAUGACCGGCGGCGGCGGCGGCGGCGGCAAGGAAGGACUCAAAGCUGAUGACGCCAGCUUGUCCCCAGGGACUAGUUUACCUGUGUCAUGAGAAGGACAUUGUGAAACCCUGUUCAUUUGGUUUGCGCUUUUCAUAACACAGAUAAUCUAGAUGUAUGUUAGCAUUUUAAGAACCAUUUUUUAUAUAUUCAGCUAUAUAUGAAAGUCUGUUGUGCAUUAAGUGGAUUUUAAUGUUUCUGUUUUUCUAUCCUUUUGGCUCUGAAGUGUUGAGCACUGACGGUGAAGAACCUUUCUUAAUGUUUUCUAUAUAACUAAUAAGGAUGUGAAGCUUUUUAUUGCUUUAAUUCUGCAUAUGCUGAACUCUGCUUGUAUACACAAUAUAACCAGCUGUGCCUUCCUUUGCAUUUAGUUUUAUGUACAUGAGUUAUGUAUUUCUAGUGUUAAGAGAAAAUGUCUGAAAGACAAAACAGCAUCAAACAGCUCUCGGAAGAAUGUUAUUUUCACAAGUAGAAACCAUGAAAAGUGUGCUCCUAUCACUGUAAGAACUGCCUUAGACCCUCUUUUGAAAUGAAAAAUCAGUAAAUACAAAUGUCCAAGUAAUGUUUUUAUAAGAAUGAACGAAGCCAUAUUUAGACAAUAAACAUUCUUUAAAGAACAUGUUCCAAAGUGCAUUUUUUAAAAGAUGAGCUUGCCAGUGGCCAGCUGCUUAGCCAUAUGAAGUAGCCUUUCUGCCCUGGGAUACUGAAACCACACUAGGUCCACACCGGCAGAACUCUUAGAAGUACUUCCCAGGUUUACAGGUUGUUAUCUCUGUUCUCUUGGUUUCCUGUAACCACAACCAUCUGGUAUCUUUAUCACUUCUGGGAGUUAGGGUUUCUUUAGAAUCCUGGCAUGACAACUAAUAUUUAAAAAUCGAAUGUUUUAGGGCUGAGGGUGUACUCCGUACAGUGUGGGUGCAAUCCCUAGCAAUCUGCUCUUGGUCCCUCCUAGAAAAGGGGGGUGGGGGGAGAAGAAGAGACAAAAACCAAGAGUGGAACAUGCUCACAGACAGUGAUGAACUCAUACCCUGAAGAAAUGAUGAUAUUACACCAGGUAUCUUCCUGGGUACAGAUACCACAAUUUUUGAUGGGUUAAGCAAACUGUACUACGGAGAACUGGAGGAGCUGGAGGCUUUGCUGGAGAGGAGCACCUAGGAGACAUGCUCUCUGUAUUCCAGUGAGGAGGAGAAUAAAGGCAAUGGAGUAAGAGAAAACUCUUCAGGAGGCUCACUGUGGACGUGACUGUGCGGCCAUUUGGAUGCUCUGCGGGACAAGCAUUGUGGGAGGGGUGGGUGAGGGCUGGGAAGGCAGCAGCCCCUCAGCUGGUCAGACACUGGGAAUGGGCGGAAAUGCUGAUGCAAACUACGAACUCAGAGUACGGCCCAUGUAAGCUUGGGUGUGCUGUCAUACUCACCUACCAGUAGGAAAAACCGAAUCGGAAAUGUGCCUCAACAGCUGUUCCAAACUAGGUACUAAAUAAGAGGAUUAUAUGGUUUGUUCUUUUUAAAAAAAAAAAAAAAAAAAAAAAAAAAAAAA